AUGAAACAGGAGUUGAAAACUGUAGCCAAUGCUUUUAUCAUCUCUAGGCUAGAGUACUGCAACUUCCUGUAUGCUGUCUUGAGCCAGUCCUUAAUGGCUCGGCUCCAGCUGGUCCAAAACGCUGUUGCCAGAUUUCUUUAUGGAGCACCGCCACCUUAUUUAGCCUCCCUGCUGACCCGUUACAUCCCUGAAAGAUUGCUACGAUCGGGUCAGAGUGACCUUGUGCCUGUGGCCGUCAUCAUUCCAUUCCGAAAUCGCCAUGAAAACCUGACCCACUGGCUCUACUACCUCCAUCCAUUCUUACAACGGCAGCAGCUGGACUACGGUGUUUAUGUCAUUAACCAGGAUGGAGAUGGAACUUUCAACAGAGCUAAAUUAAUGAAUAUAGGCUACGCUGAAGCGCUGAAGGAAGAUGAUUACAACUGUUUCCUCUUUUCUGAUGUAGACCUCGUACCUUUAGAUGACCGUAACCUCUACAGAUGUUUUAGCAAUCCAAGACACUUAAGUGUUGCUGUAGACAAGUUUGACUAUAAAUUACCAUAUGAACAGAUUUUUGGUGGGGUCACAGCAUUAACAAAGGAACAAUUCUUGACCAUCAAUGGCUUAUCUAACACUUUCUGGGGCUGGGGUGGUGAGGACGACGACCUCUACAACCGAGUCAUGUUGCGCAUAAAGGCCAUAUCUCGACCAUACGCUGUGAUUGGAAGGUACAAGAUGAUAAAACAUGAGAGAGACCCGCAUAAUGACCCGAACUUCAACAAUGUCAAAAAACUACAAGAAACUACAAAUACUUUAGAUCAGGAUGGGCUCAGUUCACUCAAUUAUACAGUCAUAGAUAUCACAAAGAACAUGUUGUUCACUUUUAUUACUGUGGAUGUUCAUGUUCCUAUGGGUCUAACUAAGAAAUGAAUGAGCAAUGAAUCUUCAGUUUACCAUGACUCUCAUCAGUUUUAGUCUCUUAACUUUGACGUAUAUGGAAAUUAAAUUAUUUUAAUGUGUUGCUGAAAUUUUAUGGGAUCUGGUGAAUUGUUAGAUCAUAUAUUUUUUACUGGUGAAAUAAGAGAUAAAACAUGAAUGGUUCUCUAUAUUGAUGCCUAAAGCCUCCUUUCCACCAGACGUAAAAACGCCGCAAAACGUACUUUGUGGGAAUUAACUUCUACAGUAAACAGUUUCCUUUCC